AUGGCACAGCCUUCCGUGGAGACUUGCGGGUACCGGACGGGUGAGGUACCGAAUGCCGGUUCACCGAGCUCCCGUGCGGGACAGCCACCCCCCCCAGCUCCCGUGCGGGACAGCCACCCCCCAGUUCACCCAGCUCCUGUGGGGAACAACAACCCCCCAGUUCACUCAGCUCCUGUGGGGGACAGCCACCUCCCAGUUCACCCAGCUCCCGUGGGGGACAGCAGUCUCCUAGUUCGCUCAGCUCCUGUAGGGGACAACCACCUCCCAGUUCACCCAGCUCCUGUGGAGGACAGCAGUCCCCUAGUUCACCCAGCUCCUAUGAAGGACAGCAGUCCCCUAGUUCAAUCAGCUCCUGUGGAGGACAGCAGUCCCCCCAUUCACUCAGCUCCUGUGGAGGACAGCAGUCCCCCAGUUCACUCAGCUCCUAUGGAGGACAGCAGUCCCCCAGUUCACUCAGCUCCUAUGGAGGACAGCAGUCCCCCAGUUCACUCAGCUCCUGUGGGGGACAGCAGUCCCCCCAUUCACUCAGCUCCUGUGGGGGACAGCAGUCCCCCCAUUCACUCAGCUCCUGUGGAGGACAGCAGUCCCCCCAUUCACUCAGCUCCUGUGGAGGACAGCCUGUGUCCUAGUUCACUCAGCUCCCAUGGAGGACAGCAGUCCCCCAGUUCACUCAGCUCCUGUGGAGGACAGCAGUCCCCCAGUUCGCUCAGCUCCUGUGGAGGACAGCCUGUGUCUAGUUCAGUUGGCUCUUGUGGGGGACAGCAGUCUCCUAGUUCACUCAGCUCCCAUGGAGGACAGCAGUCCCCUAGUUCACUCAGCUCCUGUGGAGGACAGCAGUCUCCUAGUUCGCUCAGCUCCCAUGGAGGACAGCAAUCGCCUAGUUCGCUCAGCUUCCAUGGAGGACAGCAAUCGCCCAGUUUGCUCAGCUCCUGUGGAGAACAGCAGUCCCCCAGUUCACUCAGCUCCUGUGGGGGACAGCAAUCUUCUAGUUCACUCAGCUCCCACGGGGGACAGCCACCCCCCAGUUCACUCAUCUCUGGUGGGGGACAACUCUGGUCCAUUGCCUCUGAACUAGAAAGUGAAGAGCUGACUACCAGCUUGGAAGAAGGAGAUGAGCAAUCAGAGCUCUCAGCUCCCCAAAAUAAUGAAAACAGGUUGAGUCAAAGAUGGAUCAACCACCUCAAGGGCAAAGAAACAAACUCUGGACGAUGCCAACCUGUUAGUAAACUUCAAACUGAAGUCACACAGGUAUCUGAUGAAGAAUUAAAUGCCCUUCAGUCUUUUUGUACGAGCAAGGUUAACCUGCUUCAUCAUAGAGUGGACUCAAAAGCGAAGAAAAGUAGCAGGCAUCAGAAGCCGUCCGUUACAUUGGAUGCAGAGACUACAGAGGUUGACACCGGAAUUUGUACUGUACCCGAUGAACUUUGGAACAGAAUCUAUUUUAAAAACACAAAAGAAACUCUAAAACAAAUAGCAGCCAUUAAGGAACACAUUCCUUCUCAGUGCCCCCAUUGCAACAGCAAAAGAGCAGAGCUGGCUCAAUCUGUCUUCAUAAGACAAAAGAAGACUUUACUGGAAACACUUCUACUCCAAGAGAAAAUAGAUGAACAUCUUCAUACCACAGACUUUCUCACCCAUGUUAGAGAAGCUCAUCAGGCCCUCCCUAGGCUUUCAGAUGAUCCUAAAUUAAUCUGGAAAAGACUGACUGAGAAAAUUCCGACUGGAUACUCCGAUUUUGAAAGGUCAGAUACAAAGCAGAAGAUGUAAGCAAGUUGGAAAUAGAGCUCCUGAUUCACCAUUUACUCCACCACUUCUCAAGCCUCUUACUGGACUAAACUAGAGGUGGUGAUUGUUAACAAUAAAUUGUGAUGUGCACAGAUACUCCUGUUGUAUAUUUGAGUGAUCGCCAUCAUCCCUGUAGUCAACCUAGAAACGAUUGUAAGGCCUGAUUAUACUUCCUGUGCAGAUUUGAGGUAUUGGGGACUUUGAAAUACUUUUUGUUCAUUUUAGAUAACAGAAGGCAGUGCUGUAGCUGGAAUAGCUAUAAAGCAUUCACAAUACAUGAAAACGGAAGAGUGAAAUUGAUGGUUUGGACCAGAGUGUUGUCAAAACACAUGGAAUGAAGUUCCACUAUGCAACAGAUUCUCAGGAAAUAAUUUCCUGUCUUGGUGAUGAAAUGACUAUCGGGACUUAAUAAAAGGUAACUGUCAACAGUGUUCAUUAAGGUUCUGACUUGUGUACCUGGAUGAAUGAUAAUUUCAAUAAAAUAUGAAAUCCUGCCAAUCAAAAUGAAAUAGGCAUGUCAUCCCAGGACUUAGGAAACUGAG